AUGCUGACAUUUUAUGACAUAAUUGGGACAAACGAAAACAGUUCCGUUGAAGAUAUCAAAAAAGCUUAUUUCAACUACCUGCGCAAGAUACAUCCUGAUAAAGGGCAGGCUGAGUGUGAUCCUACUGCUGUAACUCAGGCUACGCUUAUUUGGAAUACACUGAAAGACUGUAAACGUCGGAAAGAGUACGAUUAUUGGCUUAUAGAGCAACGCCUCCGAGAACAGAAAGGAACAGUGUCGGAGCAGAUUGAAAUUGACAGAGACAUCACGGAACUAGAAGAGUACUGUCGUUGUGUGUGGUUCUUGCUCUCUUUGUUUGGAAGUAAAGAGGAUUUCGGAAGAAUGAGUUCCUCAACUAAAAUUGUGAUUUUGGGUGAAAGUGAAGUAGGAAAAACAUCAUUCGUGAAUGCAGUUGCUGGGAAACCAGGACAAGGCUUCCCUAGUACGAUCGGAGUCUCAAUAUGCAUGGCUUGGCAUGAAUAUCGAGCAGGAACCGCAGAACAAAGGUCGGAACUAAUGGAACUGUGGGAUAUAGGAGGAACGUUAGCGCAUCGGAGCGCCUCACAAGUUCUUCUGGAUGGGGCUGCUGGAGCUAUUCUCGUGCAUGACUUGAGUAAUAAAAAAAGUGAAGAGAAUCUUGGACAAUGGAUGUCAUUGUUGGAUGGUAAACCUAGACCUGCUGGCUCAACAAGAAGUAUAACUGCUGAUAUAGAAUCUUCACAUAUCCCUAUUUUGAUUGUUGGUUGCAAAUCAGACUUGGCGCCACUUCGCGGUCCCAUAGCGUACGAUCGUGUCAAUGUGGACUGUAGGAAGCAGAUCCCUCCUGGUUCUUCUACCUCUAUGGCUCUUGCCAGGUUCUUUGACGCUACAAUAGAUAGAACAAAAGCUCCAAGCAACGAGAGACGUAGGCGUAUUGGUAAUCAGUUCCAAUAA